AUGGCCUCGAAAGUUUUAAAAUUUUCAGGUCACAAUUAUCUUAGACAAAGAUUGAUUCUUGCUACAUUAAGCGGGAAAACUGUUAAAAUUGAUAAAAUUCGUUCAGAAGAUAGUAAUCCUGGAUUACAAGAUUUUGAAGCAAGUUUUUUAAGAUUAUUGGAUAAAGUUACAAAUGGAUCAAUUAUUGAAAUUAAUUAUACAGGUACAAGUGUAUUAUAUAAACCUGGUAUUAUUACAGGUGGAAAUAUAAGUCAUGAUUGUGGUGCAGCUCGCGCAAUUGGAUAUUUUUUGGAACCGAUGAUUGCAUUAGCACCUUUUUCUAAAGAUCAAUUUAAUCUUACACUUUCCGGAAUAACAAAUGAUAACGUGGACACAUCGAUGGAUAUCAUGCGAACGGCAGUUCUAUUACAACUUAGAAGAUUUGGUAUAGAAGAAGGCUUGGAAUUGAAGAUUCUUAAACGUGGAGCACCUCCGCUCGGUGGUGGUGAAGUCAAUUUCAAGUGUCCAAUAGUGAAAGCUCUUAAACCAAUGCAGUUCACUGAUGAAGGUCGGAUAAAACGUAUCCGUGGUGUUGCACCCAU